AUGAGCUCCCCGGAUGAUCUCCUCUAUCAAUUGCAACUCGAGAUCCCAUGCAAAGUGACGAUGCUCGUUCUGGCCAUUCUGAUGGGAUUGCCUACUCUCUGGGCCUAUUGUCGCCUAACGAAUAGUUAUCGGAAGAAGGGAUUUCCCGGGGAAUUCCAGAAACUUUUCUUCCUAUGUUUGUCAAAUGUGAGUGAUUUUCGAUUAGUAAUCGAACCCAACGAUUUGGGU